AUGGAAACCAUUCUUGUUGUCGGGGCCAGCGGAAACAUCGGCGUGUCCGCCGUCAAGGCUGCCCUUAAUACCGGGCGCAACGUCCUUGCGGUGGUGCGAAAUCAAGCCAGUACCAGCAAGCUUUUCAAGCACGUUGGGACCUCCCAAGGAAUAACAGCUGUCGAAGCGGAUGUCACGUCGCCCGAUGGUGUCCAGUCUGUUGUGGACCGUGUCCUGAAAGGAGAGCUGCCUCCCUUCCACCACGUUUAUUCCUCAGUUGGAACCUUCGAUCUUACAUCACCUAUAACAAAAUUGGACACGCAAGCAUUUCGGAGAACCAUGAAUAUCAACUUGGAGGCAAACUUCUGUGCGGCGGGCGACAGCGGUUGGGGAGGCGUGACUGCAAUCGGGCAAGGAGCUUUGUUCUCUCUGGCAAACGUUACUUGUCGAGAACUUACGGGUACCAACAUUCUUGAUCAUGACGAGGUUGCGAAAGAGAAGGACGGUAGGAGUAUCGAGUCGUCUGUAUUAGCUCCGCAUUAUGGACAGAUUCUUGCCCGACCCGAAAUUUCAGCCAGCCGCGUUAGCCUUCUUAGGCCUGAAGACAUUAAAAACCUGAAGUUUCAGAAGAAGUUGGGUUAA